AUAAUUUGAGUUGACCCAUCUCUCUUGACAAAUGGGAAAUUGCGUAAGAAGCAACCUAAGAGAUUUGGGAGGAAGACGAUCGAUGGAUCCUCGGAUAUGGCACAAAGUCGCCGCAGUUUCUGGCAUGGCUGCUCUUGGUUUAGGAACUUACGGUGCUCAUGUCUUUAAGCCAGAAAACCCUUCUUACAAACAGGUGUGGCAAACGGCUUCUCUUUACCAUUUGGUUCACACUGCAGCUCUUGUUUCUGCUCCUAGUACCAAAUAUCCCAACAUUUUUGGUGGCUUGUUGACUGCUGGGAUUGUGGCCUUUUCCGGCACGUAUGAAUAUGCGAAAAGCUUCGUGUUCGUCAAUGUUGUAGGUGUUACAUGGUAGCAUUGCGCGAGGACAGGAAGUUUUCUACAUUGGCACCAUUCGGAGGCUUUGCUUUCAUUGCUGCAUGGACAACUCUACUUUUCUAAUGAUUUUCAAAUUAUCUUUACUGUCAAGUUGUGGUCAUUCUUGUGCCUUAUCCCACUGAUGAAGAAGCCUUAUCCUACUUAUGAACUCAAUGUUUCUCCUCAAAGAUUGCUCAAUAAAUCUAAAUGACCAGAUUAUGUUAGCUACGUGCUUUACUUGUUGAAUUUGUUGCUGAAAGGAUUAUUUAUAUAAAUGGCCAUAUUAGUGUUAUCUUAA